CAGCGAUAAAGCUGUUAUUUGUGGUUACCUUUUCUUCAGUUAUCGAAAUACCGAGACCUUUACGAAAUUAUUUCUGCGCAUCGGGGUGUAUGUAUUCAGAUGAGUAGCAACCAUUCUAUUUUUGACUGAGGUUAUUACAAUAAUUAUGAUUCCCGAUGAGCUAUAAAUAUGCAACGAAGGCUCUUCAAUUUCAAAAUGAACACAGCAUAUAAGAUUUUUAAUGAGCUGAUAUUUAGUAUCUGCGUUUGCGAAAUAUGGAAAAUACACGCGUGGUAGUUUUUGUGAAAAAUAGAAAAGGGUGCUAAACAAUUCAGAGGAUAUCCUCGCCAGUAUAGUGGCCGCAGUUGUGUCACAACCAUCACCUUCAAAAUGCAGCACCUUGUAAUCAGAAAGAAAAGUCGUCAUUAGACCAGUUCCAGGGAAUCUUUGAAUGAAGAUGGCAAUAACUGGCUCGACACUCAACAACACAACAUCAACAGCUUCAACAACAGGUGAGAAUAUCAUCAACGACAAUGCUGUCCAGGUGGCUUUCUUCAUGAUCUACACCGCCAUCUUUGUCUUGGGCAUCUUUGGAAAUGUCCUCGUCUGCUAUGUCGUUUUUAGGAAUAAAGCGAUGCAAACAGUGACGAACCUGUUCAUAACCAACCUGGCCCUCUCGGAUAUCCUUCUAUGUAUCCUGGCGGUGCCCUUCACUCCUCUAUACACAUUCCUGGGUGAAUGGGUCUUCGGGCGCAUCAUCUGCCACCUGGUAUCAUACGCGCAGGGCAUCAGCGUUUACAUCUCGACUCUGACUCUUACAUCGAUUGCUAUUGAUAGGUAUUUUGUGAUAAUCUACCCAUUCCACCCGCGCAUGAAGCUGAGCACCUGCAUCUGCAUAAUCGUGGUGAUCUGGAUAUUCAGCAUGCUGGUGACACUUCCUUAUGGAGUGUACAUGAAACACACCAACAUCGGUAACUCCCACAGUACCGUCAAGAAGUACUUCUGCGACGAGAACUGGCCAAGCGAGGAUUGGCGCCGGACUUUCGGUGGUAUCACCACAGCGAUGCAAUUUCUCAUUCCGUUUCUGAUCAUGGCGUUCUGCUACAUUUGUGUAUCCUUGAAGUUGAACGAUAGGGCUAGGUCGAAGCCUGGAUCGAAGAAUUCUAGUCAGGACAUACCUGCCCGUGUUCUUGUACGCACCGCAUUGUUUUUGUUCGUCAUCAGAAGUGAUUACACCAUGGAAGUCUUGCUCUUUCUGUCAUAUCGUUACCUGCUCUCAGUGUUUGCACCUUAUUCUCAGCGUGUUGAAAAGAAACAUUAUGUGACCGUGAAGUUGGACAUCGUCGGAAGAACUGUCAUCAAUUUUGAGUCGACUGAACAAGGACAUGCUUUUGAUUGAAACAAAGUCAUCGAUAUUUUUAUACCAUCUAAAUAUACUGAUUUUGUCCGUCCGACCACAGACAGUCAACCAUAAACAGAUGUUUUGAGCUUUUUGGCAGCUCAUCAGCAACGUCUAGGCUUGGCCUCGAGUCAGGACAAUGAACGAAAGCAUAGCAACUGACAUCUAUCUGAGGUAUAAGAUCUAUCGAAUCAAGACAGUAUAAGGUGCCGUCUCUUGCCAGAAUCGCUGUUUAUGCUGGUUUAUUUUAACAGUUAGCACAUUAUAUCGAAGCAGUAAAAGAAGACAAACGGAAAUUUAUUCGUCAGACUUACCAUAAAGUGAGCCAGAAAGUUUUUACAUCAAUUUCCUCAUCUACGUCGACGUCAAACAGAGAUAAGACAGAGACCUCACCAGCCAAAUACCAUAAAUGUUGGCCGAACUUUUAUAAAGCUGCUUUUUAAAUCGUUUUGUCAAUUUUUUGGUAAGCCUUCAAUGCCUUUAGAAAGCAUAAAUCCUGAUUAAGUGCUUUUACCGCUAAAGUGCAUUGCAACCAUAGCUUCACGUAUGUUGUCACGAUGAGCAGGCAGAUAUCUAACAGAGCUAGCUGCCUUAUCUUAAUUCGAAAGUUUGAGAUUGUAACUUAGUAGCACUAUUUUUAAUGAAUAUAUGGCUCCGGCAAUCCAUCGAGCUUGAGGUAUAGCGCUUGGCCGUCGAAUUUUAAAUGUUUUCUCUGUGUCUCCGCCAAUAUUAUUGAAAGUUCUAUUAAUUCUCGAUAGUGGUGGCUGUAUUUUAUUAAAUUAAAGAUGUCUAUAUCGUACAUUUCAAAUUUAUUUUUUGCAAAACACGGAAGCAGCACUUACUGUUCUGUGUAACGGAGGAUCUUUUAGGUAUAUGGGUGAAUAUCAGUUAUUGGGGAAUUCAAUGUUCCUGCAAAAAAAUCUUAAUCCAAUGGACAAAUUGUGGAAAUAGACCAUUCAAAUAGUGGAAGAUGUCAAUCUUUAUUUGGAACAUAUGACGCAAUUGAGGUAACCAUUAAGAUUUAGGAAAAAUCUGAUUGAAAGUUAACAAAAUGUAUACUCCCCUGGCAUGUUCCAUUCCCAAAUUUCACUUCAAACAUCAAUAAAUCUCUGUAUUAUGUACUGGUAUAACAAUAAGCGGAUACUCUUUGUAUUACCUAAUACAUCUGAUAACAUAUUUUCGCAAAAAGGCACACUAAAAAUAUACAUAAAUGCGUUAAAAAGCCCGUUUAUUAGUGGUUCCUGAGAACAGUGUCACCCUCACCUGGCGCAAUUCAAAUUGCAUAUAUUCAUCAAAAUAUGGCAACUAUGCGACUUUACCUUGAGCAUCAAGAAGCAAAUGAAGAAGGGAUAGUGCGAAACUAUCGUAAUUUGGAAAACGAAGACCAGGGACGCCUCAGUAGCCCACUAACAGUCGUCCGAUACCCUUUUGCCAGUGAGUGAAGCAUUUCCCCUGGUAAGCAUAUCUUUGUGAAUUUAAAAGUUACAUUUUGGCGACUUUAUAAAAAAUUAAGAUUUUUGAAUACAAAAGCCACGAAUCACGUUAAAAUAAUAUAAUAAUCAACAUAUCUUGCUUUUUUGGGGCUUACGCACGUUUUUGUCACUUCCCUGGCGUCACUCCCCUGGCAUUUUUUAUGUCAGGGGAAAUACACACUGCCCAGGGGAAAUACAAAGGCACCUUUUUGUAUAAGAUGUGUAGCUACUAUACCAAAUUCAACUUCAAG